CACUGCAUUGCUCGGGGUCAAGUACGUAAUUGUUCACAACAUAAGGAUUUAGGGUUUCCUUGUCUCCUUACAAAGCUUCCUCUUUCCGCCGCCGCCGCCGCCCCUCACCGCGCUGCAGAGAACCCUCUCACCUCGCUCGCGGUCGCCUCCCAGAUCUCCCCAUGGCGUCGGAGAAGAAACAGUCGAACCCGAUGCGGGAGAUCAAGGUUCAGAAGCUCGUGCUCAACAUCUCCGUCGGCGAGAGCGGUGAUCGCCUCACCCGCGCCGCCAAGGUACUCGAGCAGCUGAGUGGGCAGUCACCGGUGUUCUCCAAGGCGAGGUACACUGUGAGGUCGUUCGGCAUCAGGCGUAAUGAGAAGAUUGCGUGCUAUGUGACAGUGAGGGGAGAGAAGGCGAUGCAGCUGCUGGAGAGUGGCCUGAAAGUCAAGGAGUAUGAGCUGCUGAGGAGGAACUUCAGUGAGACUGGCUGCUUUGGGUUUGGUAUCCAGGAGCACAUUGAUCUUGGCAUCAAGUAUGACCCAUCUACCGGUAUCUAUGGCAUGGACUUCUACAUCGUCCUUGAGCGUGCCGGGUACCGUGUUGCCCGCCGCCGCAGGUGCAAGUCCUGUGUUGGUAUCCAGCACAGGGUCACCAAGGAGGACGCCAUGAAGUGGUUCCAGGUCAAGUACGAGGGUGUGAUCCUCAACAAGGCCCAAGCCAACACCUCCUAAGUUUCACAAGACCUUAGCCCCCUCUUUAGAGCUCGAGUCAAUUAAGUUUAUCCGGUGCUUGGAUUUGUACUAGAAGAAACCAAAUGCAUUGUCAGUUUUGCCUGUACUGGAGUUGGAUCCUUUUUAGGGUGCCCCGUAUUUUCAUCUUAUUUUGUUGUUGGAUAAGCCCAAAUAGCGUUUGUUUGCUACAAGAAUGGUGCUAAGAUAGACCUGAACUUAAUUGUGCUAAGAUAAUUGAGACGUUCAACCGAAACUGAACCUGAACUCAGUUGUGCUAAAUAGAACAUGAAGCAUGAGAAUUAUGCAGCUCA